UCUUUCUUUCUUCCCUCCUUCUUUUCUUCCUGGGUGCUGCUCUGGAGAGCGCUGUCUGUCUGACUGGUAGCACUGCGCUGUUCCUUCGGCACGGAGCGCCCAAAGGCAAGCGACAGAGGCGAGCCAGGCUCCAGACCCCACUCCCGGCAGCAGGGCCUGCCUCAAUGAUAUGCGAAAUGGGCCUGGUCUCCCCAGAGCCAUACUGUGGGGAGGCCCCAGACUCCUAUUGCCAGGACGAUGACCGAUGGCAGAGGCUCCGCACCGCCGUACGGAAGCUGGAAUUCUGGGAGAACUUCGAGGCCGAGCUGAUCGGCAGUGGAUUCUUCUCCAAAGUGUACAAGGUUGCCGCGAUCAACUCCGGCUGCAAACCGAUGGUGGUGAAGAUCUACAAGAACGACGCCGACCAGGAAGGGAUCGUGCGGGAGAUCAGUUUGCUGCAAAAGCUUUCCCAUCCCAACAUUGUCAGGUAUCUUGGGGUCUGUGUCAAGAAUGACAAGUUGUACCCAAUUCUGGAGUAUGUGAACGGCGGUUGCCUGGAGGAGCUCUUGGCCUGCAAAGACAUCUCGCUCAGCUGGAAGGAGAAAGUGGAGCUGGCCUCAGACAUCACCCGAGGGAUGGUCUACCUGCACUCCAAGAACAUCUACCACCGGGACCUCAACUCCAAGAACUGCCUCAUCCGCGUGACCCCAAAGGGACGGGAGGCCCUGGUGACGGACUUCGGGCUGGCCAAGGAAGUGUUGGAGGUGCCGGCGGCAAAAGACCCUGAGAGGAAGCUUUCCCUGGUGGGCUCGGCCUUCUGGAUGGCCCCCGAAAUGCUGCGCGGGGAGCCUUAUGACCGGAAGGUAGACGUCUUCUCCUUCGGCAUUGUCUUGUGCGAGAUUUUGGGGAGGAUCCCGGCCGAUCCGGAGGAGCUGCCCCGGACGCAGGAUUAUGGCCUGGACGUAGCUGCUUUUCAAGAGCUGGUCGGGGAAUGUCCGAAGCACAUUUUGGAUUUAGCUUCCAGCUGUUGCCGGGUCGAAGCGUUCAAACGUCCCUCCUUCUCCGAACUCCUGGAGGAACUGGAAGACGCAGCCGAGCGGUUGGAAGCCGCAACGGACAGUCAGCCUCCCGGCUGAAGCCUUUAGCAAAGCCCUAGACUGUCAGUGUACUGUGUAUAUCUCGAAAUAAAAGAUCUGGAGACUGAGAACCUUUGGGAGGGAUGGGAACCUACAACGCCUUGGACAGAACCUGGUGGGUCAUUCAGAUCCUUUCCUGGGAAACGGCAUGGCUGUAGCUGGCUCUAGCAAGCAAGCCAAGUUGUAUGGCGCUGGCAGUAAGAUCAAGGAGCCUGCCGUUGUGUUAUUGGACCCUUUCUCCUCUAUUUCAUGCCUUGAGCAUCCGACCCGAGGAACACAACCAAGGACUCGUUCUUGCAAUAUUCCUUCCCGUUCUUGAAUUGAGCUGUCAUUGGGAGAGAAAUGGACAUUUCGAAGGGGCUUCUCAUAUGGAAAUUGGGGAAAAAACAACGGUGCUUUUAUGGCUUUUCACUGCCAUGGCCAAAUACUUUUUUUGUGUGUUGUUGGAGGCUUUAAUGGCCAGAAUCAUUGGGUUGCUGUGAAUUUUCCAGGCUGUCUGGAAAUGUUCGAGAAGCAUUCUCUGUUGACGUUUCGCCUGCAUCUAUGGCAGGCAUUCCUCGAGGUUGUGAGGUUUGUUGGAAACUAGGCAAGCGGGAUGUAUGUAUAUAGAGAGUCUCACUUAUCCAAGCUAAACGGGAACCUUGGAUAAGCAAAUAUCUUGGAUAAUAAGGAAUAAGGAUUAAGGAAAAGCCUAUUAAACAUCAAAUUAGGUGAUGAUUUUACAAAUUAAGCACCAAAACAGCAUGUUAUACAACAAAUCUGACAGAAAAAGCAGUUCAAUAAGCAGUAAUGUUAUGUUGCAAUUACAGUAGAGUCUCACUUAUCCAAUAAACGGGCCGGCAGAAUGUUGGAUAAGCGAAUAUGUUGGAUAAUAAGGAGGGAUUAAGGAAAAGCCUAUUAAACAUCAAAUUAGGUUAUGAUUUUACAAAUUAAGCACCAAAACAUCAUGUUAUACAACAAAAUUGACAGAAAAAGUAAUUCAAUACGCAGUAAUGUUAUGUAGUAAUUACUGUAUUUACGAAUUUAGCACCAAAAUAUCACGAUGUUUUGAAAACAUUGACUACAAAAAUGUGUUGGAUAAUUCAAAAUGUUGGAUAAGUGAGACUCUACUGUACUGUAUUUACGAAUUUAGCACUAAAAUAUCACGAUAUAUUGAAAACAUUGACUACAAAAAUGCAUUGGAUAAUCCAGAAGCUUGGAUAAGCGAGUCUUGGAUAAGUGAGACUGUGUGUGUGUGUAUAUAUAUAUAUAUAUAUACACACACAUAUAUAUAUAUAUAUGAAAUAAUGUCCAGGGUGGGAGAAAAAACUCUUGUCUGUUUGAGGAAAGUGUGAAUGGUGCCAUUGGCCACUUUGAUUAGCAUUGAAUAGCCUUGCAGCUUCUUGGCUGGGGGAAUCUUUUUUUACUCUAAAGCAAAACUUACUGUCAGGGUUCGAAGUUUUUGAUGUCCGGGUAAACUCAUAAAUUCUCUCCCUGACAUAGAAAACACAGUGCCAGAAGGUCUGGUAUAAUGCAGAAGAACCAAUUUGACUGGACCUGGGAAUGAUGGUUUUGCAAAUCCCCCUUCCUGGCUUUGCUCUGUUUACUAUUGGCAUUGCGAUUGAAUAUUGGUUACAAGGCUUGUAGAGAGGAAGUGAACACUGGCUUUGUGUGUGUAUAUAUAUAUUUGUGUGUGUAUGUAUAUACUGUAUGUAUCUAUUAGGCCUGUGUGGUCAAUGAAAAAAAUGUUUCAGCACUCAUUGCGAAGUUUGGGGCAAAAUCAUUUCUAAUGUGUUUAUGAAAUUGGACGUAUCAUAAUUAUAAUGAGUUAACUACUUUUUCGUUACUUGUGCCAAAGGGGAAACUUCAGGGGCUGCUCGAGUUAUUGGCAUGAAACUUGCUACGAUUAUAGAAAACAUUCAUCCAUUUAGAUUAGCCAGAUAUUCCUGUGCUGCCUCUUACCUAUACUGUACUGCAUUUCCUCGAUUGCUUUCUCUGCUCCGUUAUCUGGCCUGAAGAGACUCGAAUCCCUUUGGAAUAGCUAGAUAUUCCCUGUGCUGCCUCUUUACCUCUUUGGUUGCCUAAUUCUUUUCAUAAGGAUUUUUAGAUUUUUUUUUUCUUAACUAAAUAACACAUUUUGUAUUUGAGAUGUCGAAGUGGUGACAAAAUGUUCUAUGCGGUCAGUUUGCUGACGUGUAAAUAAUAGUGAAUACUGUUCCAUGCCAUUGUAUUUACAACUUUGCGAUGUUCCUGCCCCCCAACUCAAAAUAGUAAUAAUAGUAAUAGUAAUAAAUAAUUAUUAUUAUUA